CGGAGCGGGGAGCGGCACCCGCGGUGGCGGCGGCCCGGCGGCAGCAUGGGCUGGAGCUGACAGCGCCCGCUCCGCAGACGCUGCCGAGCGCUGCCGGCGGGGGACCAGAGGGAGCGCGGCCGCGGGGAAGGGAAAAGUUGCCGCGUCCGCCCGGGGAAACUUUGUGCGGCCGAGGCGGGGAGGGGGCGGCGGAGCCGAGCCGUCCGGUGCGGUGCGGUCCCUGCGCGGCGGCGGCGGGGCGCGCAGCGCGGCGCUGAGGCAGCGCGGGGGUCAUGCCCGCCGCCAGCUUGCUGCCGCUCUUCGGUAGCGCGGCGGGGCCGGGGACGCUGGGCGGCCCCGCGGGCAGCGGAGCGGGCGGCGGGGGCAGGAAGGCGGCGGGCCCCGGCGCGUUCCGGCUGACGGAGAAGUUCGUGCUGCUGCUGGUGUUCAGCGCCUUCAUUACCCUCUGCUUCGGGGCCAUCUUUUUCCUGCCCGACUCCUCCAAGCUUCUCAGCGGCGUCUUCUUCCACUCGGCCGCCCUGCAGCCGCCGCCGCCGCCGCCCGGCGGGCAGCCCCGCGCCCCUCCGCAGCCCGGAGGCGGCCCGGCGGCGGCGGCGGCCGCGGGCGGGGCGGGCAGCCUGGAGCGGAUCCGCGCGGACCACGAGCGGGCUCUGCGGGAGGCCAAGGAGACGCUGCAGAAGCUGCCCGAGGAGAUCCGCAGAGACAUCCGCCAGGACAAGGAGAAACUUCUGCAGGACGCCCGCGGCGGGAAGGAGUCGGGUCCCCCUGGGCUGCCCCAGCGCCUUUUCCGCCAGCCCGUCGGCGCCGUGGGGCAGGAGCCCGCCGACCCCGACGUCCGGCAGAGGAGGGAGAAAAUCAAAGAGAUGAUGAAGCAUGCCUGGGAUAAUUAUAAGCGUUACGCAUGGGGAUUAAAUGAACUGAAACCCGUAUCUAAGCAAGGACAUUCGAGCAAUUUAUUUGGUAACAUACAAGGAGCAACAAUCGUGGAUGCCCUUGAUACACUAUACAUCAUGGAAAUGAAAGAGGAGUUCAAGGAAGCCAAGGAAUGGGUUGAAAAAAACUUGGAUUUCAAUGUGAAUGCUGAAAUUUCCGUAUUUGAAGUCAACAUUCGUUUCGUCGGUGGACUACUUUCAGCUUACUAUCUUUCAGGAGAAGAAGUUUUCCGAAAAAAGGCAGUGGAGCUUGGAGAGAAAUUGCUACCUGCUUUCAACACUCCCACUGGGAUACCUUGGGCAUUGCUUAAUAUCAAGAGUGGAAUCGGUCGAAAUUGGCCAUGGGCCUCCGGUGGAAGCAGCAUUUUGGCAGAAUUUGGGACUUUGCAUCUGGAGUUUGUACAUUUGAGCCACCUGUCUGGAAACCCUGUCUUUGCUGAAAAGGUAAUGAAUAUCCGAAAAGUUCUAAAUCGCCUGGAUAAACCAGAGGGCCUUUACCCCAACUACCUGAAUCCCAGCAGUGGCCAGUGGGGCCAGCAUCAUGUCUCCAUUGGAGGGCUUGGGGAUAGCUUUUAUGAAUAUCUGCUCAAGGCAUGGCUGAUGUCAGACAAGACAGAUGAAGAUGGCAAGAAAAUGUAUUAUGAUGCUGUUCAGGCCAUAGAGACCCACCUCAUCCGAAAGUCCAGCGGGGGCCUGACGUACAUCGCCGAGUGGAAGGGCGGAUUGCUGGAACACAAGAUGGGACACCUCACUUGUUUUGCUGGAGGCAUGUUUGCUCUGGGAGCAGAUGGAGCCCCCAGUGACAAGACAGGCCAUCACAUCGAGCUGGGGGCUGAAAUUGCCAGGACUUGCCAUGAAUCCUACGACCGUACGCGAAUGAAACUGGGACCAGAAGCCUUCAGGUUUGAUGGUGGUGUUGAGGCCAUUGCUACAAGACAAAAUGAAAAAUACUACAUCCUCCGACCAGAAGUCAUAGAGACCUACAUGUACAUGUGGCGCCUCACUCACGAUCCAAAGUACAGGGAGUGGGGGUGGGAAGCUGUUGAGGCACUGGAAAAACACUGCAGAGUCGAUGGCGGCUAUUCUGGCCUUAGAGAUGUUUAUAACAAUCAUGAAAGCCAUGAUGAUGUGCAGCAAAGUUUCUUCCUUUCAGAGACACUCAAGUACCUGUAUUUGCUGUUUUCUGAAGAUGAUCUUCUUCCAUUUGAACACUGGGUCUUCAACACAGAGGCUCAUCCUCUCCCUGUUCUUCACAAAGAUGAUGGGAAUAAAGAGGAAAACCAGAAAUAGAUGAAGAUUAAUUUAUACUUUGUUUCAUUCCUUAUGUUUCCAGGACUAGGGCACAUGAUUUGGUUUUUAAAUUCCUAAGUUAAAUUUUUUAAUCAAGUGUUUUGCAGUCUGUUUUCUUUAACAGUAAAUUUUUAUGAAUAUACCAAAUUAAUUAUGAUAAAACCUUAAUCCUCUAAUUCAGAUUAAUACCUUCUAAGAAGUGAAAUAGGGUAUCUUCCCAGAUUCUGUUAGGCUGCAGUGUCAUUUUGGCCAAAAAAAAGCAGAAGGUCUGCAUGUUACUUGUUUCCUGUUAUGCUUUUAAUUUGACUGCAAAAUUCUUCUCUCCUCUGUGAGGAGAUGUAUGCUUUAAGCUGUAAUAUUUUGCCAUGUUGCAAAAAGCCAUAUUGAAUUAAGUAUAAAAAGCUUUUUCUUUUUCUUCUUUUUUUUUAAUGUUCUAUGUUAGUUUGUUUUGUGUGUCAUCCAGGACAAAUCUUGUGACUGUGACAGCCUCUUCUUAUGCGGGUCAAUCAUUACUUGCUGGAGUAUCUGAUGUAUUUCACUGUCAAUGAAGUCGACGUAGGGGUAUUUUCAUCUCAUGCAGACACAACUCUGAAACUGCAGUAUAAGUUGAAGUCAGAUUAAACUAGUUUCUAUGGAUUUAGCACAUUAGUUAGCAGACCUUAGUUUUUCAGGUUUUGAUUAGAAUAUUGUAAUAGAAUAAAUUGUUUCCUCCCUUUUCUAGGUGGUGUUAUUCUUAUGUCUUUAGUCAAGCUACUAUGGAGUAAAAUAAGGUAAUCAUUUCAUAUUAAGAAAGGGACUGUUAACCUUCUUUAUAUAUUUAGUCCAGUAGCUUUUAUUUGGUUGGUUGGCAAAAAAAAUCCACUCAACGACAUCUUCCUGGAAGUUCAGAAUUAUAUCAGAUACAGUCUGUUUGUCUUUCUGUUACUUUUGCAGAGAUUUAGGCCGGUCCAGACUUGCCACCAGGCUUGGUGGUUAAUUGUCACAAAGCAAUUUGAUGUAUCUGUAUGAAUAAAGAUGGGUGUUCAGAUGCCUUGAAGAAAAUCUGCCUCCUCAAAAGAAGUCAUUCAGAGAGGAGAUUAUCCUGCAUUGAACUAAAACUUUCUGACAACACUGCCUUGUCUUAAGUAACAGAAAUGCAUUGGGCUUAAAAAAUAUUCCUUCGAGUAGAGGCCUGGCUUAUUAAGAAAGGUAACAGCUUUGCCAAAAAUGUUUUGCUUUGUAGCAUCACCUAAGGGAAAAAGAAAUGAGGCACAAUUAAUUCCUGUUUCUACUUGGUUUUAAGUGGUUUACAUGAUUUUUAAAUCUACCUGUUUUCAUUUAGUGAUGGGAUGACUUCCAUACAUUUCAAGUAGGAAACACCUGGCUUCCCAUUCUGAGAAAGAACAUUAUUUGAUUGGACUGCAGUGGAACAAACCUGGUUCUGAACAGUAACGUUCUUGAAUGGUAUUUAGUAAGGUAGCUCACAUGUCCAGCAUUGCUAAUCACAGCUGAGGGAACACAUUUGUUUAAGCUUUAGAGUGCAUUUUUUCUAUGCUGAUAGAGGUCUGCAGUGGAGGUUUUCUUAGGGAGAAGCCAAAAAUAACUAAUUACACUUUUAUAUAUAGCAGCUAGAGCUUUCCCUCCUCAAGUCUGUAAGAACAGCACUGGCUGUUGCCUCCCCUGCUGACGGAGGAGAUGGCACGUGCCACACAAGCUGCCAAAGACACUGGUGUAGGGAACAAGGCAAGGAUCCACUGAUGCUCCAGCACAGGCUUGGCAGAGCUGGCCAUUCCUGCAUGGGAGUUAUUGGGGCACCUUGGUGAGCCUGGGCCACCCAGCACUGGGAGAACGGAUAGAAAUGGAUGUGCACUUAAAGCCUGCUCACACAGAGCCAGGCACAGCGGCUCAAAGCUUUGUGCUCCACUGUUUUUUAAAUUUUUAUUUUCUUUUUUAAAGCAUGUAUUCCCUCAUGGCACAGCAGGUUUCUGAACCCAGCUGAGCAAGGAUGAGGUCUUGACUCUCUCCUCUGUUGAAAAUCAGAAAUUCUGCUGCUUUUGAUUCUUCAGAAUUUGUACCACUGGAGGACUAUACUUCAUUGUAUUUCUUUAUAAAUAGUAUUUAUAAGGGAGAUUUUUUCCAUCCCUUGAAUCACCAUAGCUGUGGAAUAAAACCAAAAUAUUUCAUCUCUUUUUAACAUGUAACAAUCAUUAUUUUUUUCUUAGUUAUGCUUACUGGGUCACCUGCUGCUACUGCCCCUCACAUGUAUGUGCUGCUUUAGACCUCAGUUAAAUAACUACAAAAGCUCAGACAGAAACAGUCUUUAAGAAGUGUGUUUUCUAAGCAACUUUCUACAUGGUUUUCUUAACCAAGGUUUGCUUCCCCCAGCUGCCUGUGGUGAUGUUGCUGGUACUUAGUGAGCUGAAGGGAAGAGCAGAGAACCAGACAGGUCUUCUCCACGUUUCAAAAGCAGGCUCCAGUCACACAGCUCUAUGUGCGUUGGGUCUCAUGUACUUAAAUAUAAGCAUCAUGGUUGUUUCCUUGUAAAACAGACAUUUCAUAGCGUGGAAUUUUCCUUAGCGUGGGAGUUAGGAUGAUCUGAAAGAGCACAAAUUUGAUGUGGUAUUGGUAUUCAGGUUGUAUGUACAAACUGCACUAUACUGUACUUUUUGUAAAGUAAUGUAAGUAGACGAGAAGAUUGUACAACGUGUAGAUCUGCCAGCUGUAAGAAAAAACCUUUUCAUAAACUGAGAAUAUAUCAAUUUUUCUUUUUUUUUUUUAAUAACCCCAAAACACCAAAGCUAGAGCAAUCAUUUUUGAACAGUCCAUACUCACCACUGCUUGUUAGAUCAGUAAGGUAACAUGCAUUUUAAUUCCCAUUCACUUAACUCACUUCAUGGAAGUGGCUAGUGAUGGUGACUUUGUGUUCCCAGUCAUUCGUAAGAGCAAAAGAAAUUGCUCAUUGUUGUGGGGCGGGGGGGGGGUUAUGGCAGGGUGGAGAAGACAGUGACAUGGACACAUUAUCUUCACAUAAACACACUGCCCACACUUCUUCCACUUCUCUGUAGCAUAAUAAUGCAUUUAAAUCUACAUAUGUUGGGUCCCAAGAGGUAGAUCCCUUUAAAUGGCACCAACAUUGUUUCACAGGGAAAAAAAAAAAUUUGAUUGUUUGUGAGAUAAAUAUUGCAUAUGUGUUGGUUAUACACAGAUUUUUGCAAUGCCCAAUAGCUCACUGUUUCUAUGGUAACUUCAUACAUAUCCAUUUCUAUCAUGUAUUUAAAUUGGUUUUGAUUUGUACAUAUUCCAUUUAGUCUUUUCAUCUUUAUAUAAACUGAAAUUAUGGAAUACAUAAUAGAUCAAGAUGCUUAAUUUUUAAGAACUUAUAUUUGUAAAAAUUUCUCUAUUGUGAAUAAAGUCUUUUAAUAUAUCUGUUCAACUGGUUAUAGUUUUUUUUUCGUGUGUUGCAGAAGUAACUACAGGAAUCUGCUGCAUGUUCUGGUUUAGC